AUGUCUUCUUUAUGGUCCUCGGGUGUUGCCGUUCAUGCUUACCGCCUGCCCCUCCCCAACGCUGCCAUCAUCAAAGCGAUCCUCAACGGGUCUUUCGAGGCUCCUAUUGCCAUGACUUCUGUACAGGAUCCUACCCGAAAGGCUGGACCUGUCUACAAGGCUGACGCCGAGGAAAAUAUCAUCACUUCUGACAUCGAUGAUGACAUGAGCAUUGACGACAUCGACGAGCUCGACGACAAACCCACCUCCUCUUCCCUCAAAAUCGCUCGAGCCGGCUACUUCUCUUCCCCUGUCCGCGAUGGUCAGGCUUCUCCCAUCGACGCUGGCGUCGCUUCGACCGACAAGUUUUAUCGUGUCCGCAAGGUCUCCACCGACACAACGGCUUCCAACAACUCCAAGUUCUCUGUCGACAGCAACUUGAGCAAUGACACUGCCAACACCGAAGACACGGAGUAUUCCCAAUCCUCCAUCGCCAACACCAAUAACAAGCGCAGUCAAACCAAAACCCCUGAGCAAUGCGACGAAAGCGGUUCUUCCCGCGACAUCAACUCCUCAAUUCAUGACGAAAGCCCCACCGCCUACCGAUGCUUCCCCACAUUUCGGCUCAUCAGGGGCACUUUCCCGACAGCGCCUUCCUCGUCCGGCUCACGCUCCCCCUCACCCACUCCAUCUGAUACCGCCAGCGACGCCGAUGACUACGCGAGCGAUAACGACAAUGACUCAACCAAAGACCAAGACUCCCUCGACGACCUCGACAUCGUCCACACCAUCGACCGCCCCGAGUACGGCCUCCAAUAUGAGCCCGAGGUGGUGGAUGCAACUCAGCUUGAGAGCAGCGACCAUAACAAUGAAAGAGAGCCAAAGGUCAAAGCAGUCGCGACUUCCCGCGGUUUAGAGAUGGUCACCUACUACUCAGACGACGAGUCCGACACCGAGGAUGAACCCAGACAUCCCCUGGCUGAGUACAUGGUGUGGAAAGAGGAAAAAGACAUGGGUGACAACUGGGAGAUUUUGGCAUGGUAUGAGCACCCCGAUGGCAACAAGAACUAUGUCCUUGGUAGCGAUGAGCGCUGGUACUGGGAGUACGAGGGGGCGUUCAUGUUGAUGCUUGAUGAGGAGCUUGAGGAUUUUAAUUAUUGGCGCAGCUGUGAUCCGGCUGCGGUGUUGUAUUUGAGCGGGGAGGUUGAGGAGGAGGAGAAGAAUUGCAAGGGUGUUUGUGGGCUUGAUACCAUCCUGGAGGAGGAUGAAGAGAUUGAGGAGGAGGUUUGCGAAGUCAAGGAGGACAAGGAUCGUAAUGGUUCGACGACGGUCUGGGGUCUUGAUGUUAUCGAGGAGGAGGAGGAGGAGCAGGCUUGCGAGGAGAUUAGCGAAGCUGAGGUGGAGAAUCAGCAAUAUCAGGAGAGAGUGUGGGGACUGGAGGCUAUUCAGGAGGUUGAUGAGGACGAGGAAGACUUCAAAGUAUUCCUGUGA